AUGUCUUUCAAUUCGCCCUUUUUCGAUUUCUUCGAUACUGUCUCCGGUGAAGUCGACAACUUCAAUCGUCUUUUAGGCUACUCGCCUUAUGCGUCGCGUCAGCCAGGCCAAAAAGCGUUGACCAAAGCAGAUCGGAAAUCGAAUCAGAACCAAGCUGUGACUCCGUACGGAGGGGGGCUCGGCGGCGGGUGGAGCCGUUGGUUCAACGACGACUCGCUGGUGCCUUUCGGUGGCAGUGUCGGGCUCGUACCCCCGGUCGACAUCCUGGAGCACGCCAAGGACUACGAGUUGCACAUCACGUUGCCCGGCGUCAAAGACAAGAAAGACGUCAACCUUGAAUACCACCAGGAACACAACGAGGUGGUCAUUUCGGGCGAGAUCCCGGCCUCUACGACCGAGAAGACGCAGGACACGGUGCGGGUCCAGGAACGGUCCUCUGGCAAAUUCCGCAGAGUCAUCUCUCUGCCAGACAAGCCCGGAAUCGACAUCGACAACAUUAAGGCGAAUUACAAAGGCGGAAUAUUGACUUUGAAGGUUCCAAAACUGGAACCCGAGGACAACGAUAAAAACGCCGUUCGCAAGAUCGAAAUUUCGUCUCAGGAUUCCUGGGGCGACUCCAAGUUGUAA